GUAACGGACCGGCUUUCCACCAUACCAGCCACUAAGCAUCCACCAAACCAGCAGGUCAGUCACCACCGAGUGCAAGUCAUCCUGACUACAUCAUUUUAUAACAGUAGAGUGGGCUGUACUAUUUUCCGCCAGCCUGCAGUUACAGUGGCACGGAGCGUCUGAGUGAACGCGCACUUCACUGGUUAGAAACCUGUUAGCUCAGCACCGACAACCACAUGGAUACUCAAAACACCAACAUGACCACUGAGGCGAAGGUGUUGUUGAACCACGCUAAGACUCUCAGGCUGCACACCGGGAAUUUAGUCAACCGAAGUCGGCUGAAAAAGAAAUGUCCGGGCUCUCCCAGCGAGGAGCUUCAAGACUGCAUUCAAGCCACACUCAGUGACUGGUUUUCAGCAACAAAACCGCCAUCCAAGGACCUCCCGGACACACUGGACUGCUCCAUUCCUCAGGCAACAGACGCAAUUACACCUGAGGAGAGGGAGGAACUCAGAGUUUCAGUCAAGCUGUUCCUGUGUGAGUCGUCUCAGUCCUCCAUCAGAGACGCAGUGGAGAUGGUGUGCCAGACGCUGGCAGUGUCCCAGCUUGACUCUGUCAUCAUAGCACCACCCUGGCCUCUGGAGGGUGAAAGCCAAAGUUUGGCUCACCUUCAGCCCGCCUGGGAGGAGCUGGAGGCUCUGGUCAGAAGCCAGCGGAUUGCCGCCAUUGGCACCUCCGACCUGGACAAAGAUCUGCUCGAACAGCUCUACAACUGGGCUCAGGUGAAGCCCAGCAGUAACCAGGUCAACCUGGCCUCCUGCUGUGUGAUGCCUCCUGACCUCACAGCCUUCGCUAAGGAGUUUGACAUCCAGCUGCUCACACACAACGAUCCCAAAGAGCUGAUGUCAGCAGCCACAUUCCAGGAAGCGGUGCAGGAGGGAACGCAGGACCUGAACAUCGCUGACUGGAGGCUGGAGUGGGUCCUGCGCUACUCCAUAAUCGUCAAGAGCAGGGGCAUUAUCAAGGCCAAGGGCUACCUCGUCAACGCGAGGAAGGUGACCCCCUAGCAGCCCCCACUAGUGAUGAAGACACAUGGAUGAAGCCAUUUUCCUCCUUUUUCAUUCUCACACACACAAAACAUGCAAAGAAACAGCUCCGGAUAACGGAUGCUGCCAGUCACCAUGAGUCUUGACAUCAUUGUUUUAUCUUACAGAUAAAAUUCUUGAUCAUGUAUGAUUUCUUCAGUUAAACUUCUGCAGGUAUUCAUGACCCUCGUCUCAGUGAGAUCUAAAAGUGUCAGUUUUGAAAGAAAAGACUGUGAAAGAGAACGUUUCGCAGAUGACCAUCACCUUGACACAACAGCCAGUUAUCAACACAGUCGAGGCUGCUCUAAUGAUGGAAACUGUCGGUUGCUAAACUUUGAUCCAAGGUGAAGCUUCCUUAACCUUGUUCUGACUUGAAGUGCCUCUCAUCUUUUUCUCCUCCUGUCCCCAUACCUGCUUUGUCUCCACUGUGUUGGUGUGAAUCAAGCUUUAAAUAUAUCAGUGUGAAUUAAAAGAUUAAGAGUAGGGAAGGAAAAAAGGAAAAAGGUAGAGAUUUAUUGUUUUUUUUUUUAUUACAGAAUGAUUCCAAACAUUUUGACAGGGUAAGUGGGGAAAAAAUACACCAUUUGCAUUCCUCAGCUGAGAACAAUAAUUCAAAUCAAACAACAUAUGAGAUGGUUUUAUGAUGCUGAUUGACUCUAUAUGGUAAAGCAGACAACCGUGUGAAUAUAUGCUGUAAAACUUUAUUCUAUUUUGCAUUUUUUUUUCUAACCGUGCGCUGUUUUUGACGAUGCGUUGAAAUUCUCACCCACUCUGCCCGUGAGAUUGAGAGUACAGCAAUAUUUUGAGAUUGACGUGCAUAGCCGGCUCAUGUGCUCUAUAUGCAUCGUUGUUACAGCACUGGAAACUCCAUGCCGAGGAGAUGUUAAAAUGUGUUGACUCUGUGGAAGACGUUUUUAUUUAAGAAUCAUGGUUGUUUUCUCAGACAGGAUCCAUCUCACGAAGACAAAUUAUCUGUUGUGCUGUUAACAUAUUUAAUGUUGUCAUAUAUCUGUAUAUCAUGAAUUGGCUUUAUUAAAAUUAUGAAACAGAUGUUUGUACCAUCAA